GAAUCUAAGUAAGACAGAGAAGCUGUUAGCUGCUAAGAAGAAGGUAAUCCCGUAUUUGGGAUCAUCGUUGACAACUGCUUUCGCAGCUGUCACGUCACGCGUUCCGUAUAAUUAUCAUAUGUCGUAUGGAUUAAAUAAUGCGCAGCAACACAAUGCAGUUUUGCUGCGAAAUGCUCCUUAUCCAUAUAAUUAAAAUAAUGACAUUACGAAGUGAUGAUGUUAAUUCUUUAAAUGUUACAAACUAUUGGAAUACAAUGUUAAAAUAUUUUACUAAAAACCUGAAGGAAUUCAAAUUGCAAAAACAGUUACAAGUGCAAGGGGCUUUGAAUAAACAGCAGGACUCAAAUGUAACAGAUGAAUCUGUAUCACAGUGCCAAACAAAUUGCCAAAUUGAAAAGGUGGAUGAAUUCUAUAAUCAAAAGGAUCAGAAUGAAGUAAAGUAUAUGGAGAAACAAUAUGGGAAACAUAUAAACAAUAUGGAUGUUAUACAGAAAGAAGAAAAUAUAAUAAAUAAUUUUCAUGGUGCUAGUAACUUUCAAAAUACAAUCGAAAUUAAAACAAUGGAUAAUAAUGAGAUAGCAGAGAAAAGCUUACCUGUAUUAGAGAAUUACACGGAAAGUACUGCAUUACAUGAAAGUGAUAAUAAAGAUGUCAUGCAUUUGAGUCUUCAACCAGAUUUUCAACAAUCUCUGGGAGAUGAAAGAUAUAACUUAAAUGUUGCUGUGUCUAAUGGACCAUCGACAGUGCAGAAAGAAUAUUUGCUAGAAAUGGCCUCAGAAGUUGCUCAUGCUCUUACUGACAAUACAGAUCAGAACGAACCACCAAGUUUGUUUGAUCUUGAUCUGAAAUGCCGCAAUCAAUUUUUAAGUUCAUGUCUUGAGGAACAAAAGCAACUUGUAAGUGACUUACAUGUUCAAGUUAGUCGUUAUCAUAGCAGAGUGGCCGAAUUGGAAGGAAUUUUAGCCACAAAGGAUUCUGAGUUUGAUGCCAAACUCGUUCGCGAGAUAAAUCCUCUGAAGGAGCAGUUACAGGUCCACGCGCAAACCACUGGUAUUUUAAUAGCGGAAAAGGCAGAGCUUACUGCAGCUUUAACACAGAGUCAGAGGACUGCAAAACAAAAUUCAGAAGAAAUAGAAGAGAUGAAUGGAAAAUUGAAACACAGCCAGCUUCGUAUUAAUGAGCUUGAAAAAGAUUUGGUUCAAAUGAGAAGUAAUUCUACUGACACCCAGAAAAACGCUCAGCAAGUGCAACAAGUCUAUGAUGAGCUUGAGAAGAAAUAUUAUGAACUCAGAAAAGAAAAAGAGGAUUUGGAAUUGGAAACAUCAGAAUUAAAACAGAAGCUAAAUUUAAAGAACACCGAAUUUAUUACACUGCAACAGGAAUUCCAAGAGAAAGCAGCCUUACUUUCCUUAAAUGAAUUAAGGAUACAACAGCUAACUGAUACAUCGCAAACGUUAGAAUCCCAGCAUCAAACUGUAACGAUAUUAGAGCAACAAUUGGCUCAAAUGAGAGAAACUUUGAAGUUGGUGAAUAAUGAAAAAGACGAAGCCAGUAAACAGUAUCAAAAUUAUGUUAGACAAUUAGAUGCACAGCAGGCAAAAUUGCUUAAUGAGAUUGAAAGCGGAAAGAAAAUAAUUAGUGAUUUAGAAAACAGAGAGAAAAGUUAUAUACAACGUUUAUCGGAUUUGGAACAGCAAUUGCAACACGAAAAAGAGAAAAACGAAGCUAUACUUUCAUUGCAAGAUCACAAUGAUGAAAUUGCUAACUUAAGAAACAUUGAGGAACAUCUGACUACACAACAGGAAAGACUUCAAAUCGCGUUAUCCGACAGGGAUGCAAAAAUUGAAAUGUUAAUAAUGGAAAUACAAGAAUUACGGAAUACAAAAGAUGAUGGAACUGAUGCAGCAAAAUUAGUACAGGCUCUUGAAAGCGAAAAACUUGGUGCAUCCAGAGCUGUUUCACAAAAUCAACAGUUAAAGGAACAACUAACUGAAAUGGAAAAUGCUUUUGUUACUCUUAGUAAUACUAAGUUGGAUUUGACCGAACAGCUCCAAGCUGAACGAAAUAUUGGUCGAAAAUUAAAUGCAAGAUUGAAUACUGUUGAGAUGGAAACGGAUAAUCUCAAAGAAAAAUUAAGGGAAAAGGAAACAUUAUUAGUAGAAUUAGAGAAAGAAAAAUUGCAAAAUGCACAAAUUGCAGAUCAAAUACAACAUUAUCAAGCACAGUCUCACCAUGCUCACACACUGCAACAAGAAUUACAAAAUGCUUUGGUAUAUAUAGAAAAUUUAAAAAAAGAAAAUGAAGAUCUCGCGAAAAAACUGGAGAAUAAAACACAAGGAGAGACACAUUUAUUCGGAGAAGCUGUAAACCUUAAUAAUGGAGACCAGUCUAUAACAAAUAAUGAGCAAAAUUGUAAUGAUAUUGUAACAACGCAAAACUUACCACUGCCAGAAGAUAGAAAUAGUUCAGACAAUUUUGGACCUAUUGCACAAUUAGAAAAAAGGUUUAAGGAAACGAUGGAAAAGGUUGCCGAAUUAACUGAUGAGAAACAGAAAUUGGAACAUCUUGUUCUUCAGCUUCAAGGUGAAACAGAAACUAUAGGAGAAUACAUUACUUUAUAUCAAAAGCAACGAGCUAUUUUAGGAGAUAGAUGGAAGGAAAGAGAGCAAACUUUCCGUCAAUUAGUGGAGCAACGUAAUCAGCAACAGGAACAAUUGCAUAAAUUAAAAGUAUUAGUUACCGAGUUGCUUAAAAAACACCCCGAAACACUAACAAGUCCCACAGAAACCUGUAUGGAUUGUCAUAAAGAUAUAAAUGCCGACACUCCCACGCUCUCGGAAAAUGAAACCCAGAAAAAUGCGGAAAUACCAUUAAUAGAAGACAAAACUGCAUCAAAUAUUCUUGAUCUUCUUACAGAAAUCAAAGACUGUAGAGAUACAUGUAUUAUAGAACCUAACUUUCAUCCAUGCCCAUGGUGCUCUGGAAGGCUCAUCACUGUGUAAUCACGAAUGAUAAAUUGUUUAAUCUUUGUUAAAAAUAAAUUAUAUUUAUAAGAUAAAUUAGUUAUAUAGAAAAUAGUAAUAUUUGUAUAUAGAGUUCUUAGACUUUUUUAAACCUCUGUAUCUAUUUCUGUAAAAGUGUGGACUAAGAUUUUUAUCCAAGGAAAGUUGCUUUAUAAAUAUACAGUGCCUUGAAUAAUUUCUCAAA